GGUACUUUGGGCGCUGGGCUCGGAGGCCAGCUCCAUGUACCUGGCCAAGCUGUGCCGCGGGCAGAGGUGUGCAGAUCUACAGUUUCCUUUGUUGGACUUCUUCGAAGACCUGGGCCACUGCGUUUGCAUACCGCACCCAUGUUGGGACGACAACGGCUUGAAGCACACGUGCGCGGAGACUCCAGAUUUCCCGUUUCUCCACUUCUACCACAGCCACACAGGAGAGAUCCACUGCGGAUGCAGCAGCAUCGCUCAUGUGGACAGCAUCCUCAUCGCUCGGGACCUCUGCCCGGGCCAGAAGUGCGAGACGCGGGAGCACCCGGUCCUGGACUGGGAGGAGGAUACCGAGUCUUGCGUUUGCCGAUCACACCCUUGUUGGAGUCUCAAGGGGAAGAGGCACUCCUGCAUGCGGCCAGAGUUCCCCAUCCUGCGGUAUCGGGAGAUCGAGACCGCGGACGGCGGCGUGGAGAGCAUCUGCGAGUGCGGCGCCGAGAUGGAGAUUGAGGAAGAUAUAGACGCGGACUUGGACCUGACUCCGUCCGGCGGCAUCAUCAACGAUCUGGCUCAGGCGGCGUUCAGUGAAGACUUGUCUGACGAACUCUGAGUUCCGCCCGUUUAAAAUGCUGUUGUUGUUGAGCUUGCCCCAGCAGGGAGGAGAAGGUGGUGAAUGCGG